AUGGAGCCCAUCGUAUACGACGAGACGCCCUUGGCCGACUAUCUCAAAGACGGAGGAGAGGAGCCCGAUGGCACGUGGGCGCCCGUCGACAGCUCGCCGCGACGACCGACGUCCCUCUCGUCGGCCUCGGCCUCGUCGGCCUCGGUCUGCUCACCGCCUGCGACCCCUUCACCCUUUGCGCCAACCGGUCGGCCGCAAGUGAGGUCUCGAUUCCGCAACAACAAGGAAGAGAGCGCGCCCGAGGAGACGGAAGCGCCUCCUUCGACGCUACGAAGAAUCCGAAAGAGUUGCUCUGCAGCCGUCGUGGCAAGCAUCGAUCGCGCCGACAGUGCAAGAUUUCUCGAAAAGUUCCGAUAUACCAUCGUCGCCUCGCAGCUCUUGAACGGUCACUCGGUCCUCGGACUCCGACCCGCUGAUCCAGUGCCCGGCAGCGCCACCGCGACGGGCAAGGACCGGCCGCUACUCUCUGCUCAAGGGGUGGUGGCAUCCAUCUUUGGCGCCCUGGCCGUCGCCGUGGCCGUCGCCAUCAGCUGGAUCCGUGGUAGCGUGCGGACGUACUUGACGAGGAAGCGCCUCGCCCUCUUGGUCUUCGUCCUCGCAUCCUCGGGCAUUCUAGGCCAGUUCUACGCGAAGCGACAAUGGCUCCGCUACAGGCGAGAACAGUCGCUGGCCGAGAUUUCCGACUUCAUAUCCAACUCGCACGAUAUCGACGGCGCCAUCGAAGCGGCCCUGUCCCUCGUCCAGGAGGUGGAGCUGGUUUCGCGGGGGUACCGAGUUCACCUGCCGUUGCCGCCCAUCAGUCGGCUCGAGGACCGUAGCCAGAACCGGAAGUGUGUUCGCUUGCGACGUGCCCUUCGAGCAGCAUCGCGCGACCUCCUCGAGUCGCACAAGCAGGCCUUGAACGUUGUCAAGGCCUUCUCGGAGCAGACGGAGCUGGAGAAGUACUACGACAUGUACGACAUCAGCGACUUCGACAUAUCCGACGCCCUGCAGGGCUUCAAUAGGGAAGAAUUCGAGGACGGCGAGUCGCUGAGGACGCUCAAGAUCCUCGUGGCCCGACUCCACACAACCCGCAAGAUGCUGCUCUGCGCCCUUCUGGCGUUGGACGCCAACGGCGAGGGCAACGACCUGCUCCGCUGGACAUCGGCCGUCGAGGCCCUCCGAAGCGCCAACGGCUCGACGACGGCGUCGUGCGACAAGCUGCAGUCGAUUCUGCGCGAAGAAGAAUCCUUUCCCCUGCCCCCGACCCCGAAGGGCCCCGCGACGCCUCGAAGCCAGAGGUGGCGGUCGCAGCUGCAGAAGCUCAACUCGCUGUCGACGGGAAUCCGAGGCUUGCAGGCCAAGCUUCACCUGUUGCGAGAGGAAUCCGACCGGGCGCUGAAUGACUCUCACGACAUCUCGGAGCUGGGACCCAGCCUGAUGCAGCAGUACGAGUCGAUCGGGGCCGAUCUCAAGGAGCUCAUGACGGCGUGGGAAGGAGGCAGGACGGCGCUCGCCCUCGGCAUCGAUAGGAACGAGAAGAGGAUUUCGUCCAUGAGCAUGGCCAUGUCCCCGACGUGCUCCCUCAGCGGCGUCACGACGGUGGGCGAAGGCGAUGCGGCAGCUGCCUUGAAGGCGCUGACGGGCGAAUCGUCGCCCAUUCUGGAACCGGCGGAAGCAGAGACGACCGAGGUGUUUGAGGCCGUCGCUCUACCCCGUCCCCGCAGCCUCUUCACGAGAGAGGAGAGGAUCGUGAGGAGGAAGGAGGAGAUGGAGCAGAAGGUGCAAGCGCGGCAGCAGAUGGAAGCGACGCAGGGGAUGCUGCGGGAGCUGGAAACCGUCAUUCACCUGCGGCCCAAGAUGCGCGCGAGCCCCCCCGUCCCCGACGUGGAGCAGAUCACGUCCGCUUAG